AUGUCGACUCGACAGGAUUCCGCGGCGCGUGUGCGCUCGCGUCGCUCCAUCGCCCAUGUACCUCGAUCCAAGAUGACGUCCGGCUUGGAUAAGGAGAAUGCGACGACUGACAUUGGAGCUGUGCCGCCUUUUGGAAACAACGCGAAAGCAGCGGCUAAGGAUAAGAAGUCCCGUAGUAAGAGCUUGGGACCUGGCGGACUUGACGCUCUACAAAACUCCAACGGUAAUCGGCGCAAGUCUACGGCUUCCUUUCCCCUCAAAUCAAUCCUCAAGCCUACAGUCCCCGUCUCACCGGUACGGAACAUCCCGUCGUUCGAGGAAACGCGUCGGCGCACCCCGGCCCGCGAUGCGCGGAACCAGAAUGCCAACACCGGUAGCAAUGGAAAAGAAGGACUUUUAAUCGACUUCGCAACCCCAUCCCAACCUCCUGUUUCAGGAUCUGAGAAAUUGGCCAACCCUUUCGACACAUUCAAUGCGACAUCCGCCAUUCGUGAUGAAAUGGCUGCAACGAAAGAACGGGAUGAUAAAGAGCGCCGGGAGCGCGAACGACAAACAAUUAUGGAGAAGCGCGAGGCACGACGGAAAUCAAUGGCGAAUCGCCGCGUAUCGUUUGCCCCCGAGGCCACACUGCAUACUUGGAACGUGGUGGAGAUCCCGGAUGACUCGACCGCAUCAUCAGCCUCGAAUUCUACCAGACGUGCAUCGUCUAUAACCAACUCUCAGGCCCAGGAACAGGCACCCACACCAGCCCAGGAGGCACCCGCCUCCCCCGAGGGCGACGCCGAGUCCGACUUCGGCUUUUCACCAGUCCGCCAACAAGAUUUAGAGCUGAUGAGAGAGCGAUCGGCAUCAACAGAAGGCCCCACAGAUCUGUCUUCAAGCCCAUUCAGUGGAAGCUCGACAUCCGGUGGCGAAGACACCAGUGCGCACAGCGUGGUGGCUGAAGAGGAGGACGAUCAUUCUUUGGGAUCUGAUGAUGGCUUCGAUGCUGAAAGCACUGCUAUGAGCAUGGACGAUAUGACUGCUCACUCUGCCGUCUCCAUGCAGUCAGAUGCAUCUUCCAGUUCUAGUUCCAGUGCCCGACUCAACCAAGCACUGCGCCAGGCUGCAAAGGAGGCCGGAACCGAAGCAAUGGAUGAAGAAGAUGGAGAAAUGUCGAUGGAAAUUGCGGACCAAGAAAUCACCGGUGCAUUUCAGCCCUGGAUCAAAAAGGGCCAGCGCCAAAGCUUCGACUGGGAAGAUAUCAGCGCUCGUCAUGACCAAGAGAAUGUUGAACCUUCUAAAGCUGCCUCCGCGAACGUCCCAGAGUCGGAUGGCGUCGACGAGGACGAAGAUCUUAGUAUGGAUGUGACAAAAGCAGUCGGACGCAUUCUUGGAAAGUCUCCUGGGCGACGGAAGAGUGCUGUUCCUCGCAAGUCAAUUGGCCAAGAAACCAAUUAUGGCGACGAAACCAUGGAGAUGACCAACAUGAUUGGAGGUAUUUCGGGAAUGAGCUCUGUUGAAGCACCGAAUGACGGCGAUAACGAGGACGAAGAGAUGACUAUGGAGUUCACGUCAGUUGUUGGCGGUCUCUUGAGGCCUCAGCGGCAGGAAGCGAACACCAGUGCUGAGCAGGAGAAAACUACCCCGAAGUCCGAUCGAAUGGAUUACAAUCGCGAUAAUGAGUCGGAUGGGGAUAUGGACAUGGAAAUAACCGGCGCCCUUGGUGGAAUUCUACCAUCGGGGCUAGAAACCCAGGACAGGGCCCAAGCCAAGAUGGUGAUGGAACUUGAGGGUGACUCGGGGCAAUUGGCCAGCUCGCCUUUCCAGGAGAGCGUCCGUCAAUCGCCUGCCAAGUCUCCAGCGAAAUCGCCUCUCGGCCUCCACGUUGCUGCUGUGGCCUCCGAGGACGGAAGUCCUAGUCUGGCAAGCAUCAGAUCUAGACGGACAAGCCGUGGCUCUAAGGGCCCGUCGAGCACUCCGCAAUCAGCUACUCGACAGCGAUCGGCUUCACAGAAGCCAUCGACACCUCCCAAACAGUCAACACCUCAAGCGAAACCAACCACACCCAGCAAAACUCCCCCAUCUGCCAAUGUCUCCUUCCGGACCGCCUCCCCGAAGAAGCUCUUCAAGCCUGAGCUCCAGCUGUCAGCAGGAAGGCGCAAGUCCCCUCGGCGGAGCAUCUUCGAGCAGGAUACGGCUACCGGACAAUCAACACCUCGCAUAGUCUUGCAACCUCGCGAAAGGCGUCGCUCUUCCGGACUUGGAAUUGACAGGGAAGGUCUUGGGUCACCCCGUGUUGCUGCUAUGCUCGACAAACGCUUGUCUCUGGGCGAAAGCACUCCGCAGUUUGCCCCCAAGGAGCGAGGCGGCGGUGGCGUUCGAUUCGAAGACCCGUUGAAGCUACAGGCGGAGGAAGAGCGGGACCGCGAACAAGAAGAACUCAGAGAGGAUGGCCAUAUCCCAUCUGUCAACCCCGAUGAGCGGGAUGUCACUUCCAACCUGAAGGAUAUGAUUUCAAAUCUCAGUCCAAAGAAGGUCAAGGGCCGAAAAAGUCUUCAUGUGGGUGCUGCCCGGGGUAUCCUCGGCAAGCGCCCCAUAGAACUUGACAUCGAAGAAGAGGAGGCCGAGAACUCACCAAAGCGACUGCGCGGGCACGAUGUGAGCCCCGUCAAGGGUGUCAAGCUGCAAGCCCCAACGCCCCAGAACAGGCCGCGUAGAUCGAUCCGUUCUCCGACGCGUAGGGCUGCCACCUCUUCUCCUCUUAAGAACAGUACUACUCCCACCCAGGAACCACGCAGUGCUUCCAAAACGGGUGCCACUCCCCUGAAGGACGGUAUUGAUACCUUGCACAUUGCUUCUGACAACCAGCAACCGGACGCAGAAGAGGCAGAGGAUAUUUCCACUCAAGAACAGGCCGCUGACACGGAGCCUAUUCAACUGCAAGAGUUCCUGAACAUGACUAACAUCCAUUUCAUGGAACUUACCACGACCAAGAGACGGCACACGACUGCCCCUGGAAGUGCCACCAAGAAGCGCAGUCGCCGAUCAAGUGAGAUGCCCAAGCCCGGAUCCAUCACUUUCGAUGACUGCGUGGCUGCCGGUUUCUGUACAGUGCCUAUGUUGGAGCUGUAUCAACAUUCCUGCCGCGAGUUGAAGUCUUACAUCUCGGAAGGCCGACAGGUAAUCCGAUCCAUCGAGGCUGAAACAUACGAAGAUAACCCUCCUCUGUUCCGUGAGUAUGUUACGGCACCGCCAGAUAUCCGAAUCAUUAUGGACAACCAGUUCCGAAACGUCAAGACACAUGCCCGCCUGCUCAGCAAGGCUACAUGGUAUGAGUGGCGUAUGAAGCUCCUCGAGGGUUUGAAAGAAGGCCUUCACCGAAAUGUGAAGGACAUGAAAGCCGAUGACGAAGUGCUUUCCAAACGCGAGGAGCUUCUCAACAGUGCUGUGCCUGUUCUCGUGGAGAAACACGCCUCUUUGGAACAGGAAGCAAACAACCUACAGCAGCUAGUAGAGGAGAUGGAGAGCUGUGAUCAAGAUGAGUUGCGCGGCGCUCGUGCAACGCUUUCUAGUGUUGAGGAUGAGAUUGAGGCCAAGAAACGAGAGCUCGAACUGCUGCAGGAAGAGGCCCAAGAGAGGAUCAAUGCCAUUGAGGCUGGAACGGAGAUGCGUGAUGAAUUUAUGGCCCAGAUCCAGCAGGCGGAGCGCGCCAAGGAAGAAUGCCGUGGGUGGAGUGCUCGAGAUAUCAACGAGCUUAAGGCUUCUGUCCAGCGCAUCGAGCGCCAAACUGGCUGGUCAAUUACAUCUGCAUCAGCGUCUGACGAAGAGGCCACCGAUCCUUUGAUGACCAUGUCGUACCGAAGCCAGCUGCAAAUCAAGUUCCACCCUGGAGCGUUCGCUACCAAGAGACCCAAUGCCGACAAAACGAAUCAGCACCUCGAAUUGAGCUUCGUCAACGGAAAAUCGACCUCUCCAAUCGCAUCUCUCGUCCUUCAAUCACUGCAGAGCCACCUAGCCGCAAUCCAGCAAUCUAAGAUUGCCCCCAAAGAACUUCUCCACUUCAUCUCAUCUGCAUGGGACCGCACCCUCGGCCUCGAGAACGAGGCGCGCAUGCUCGAAUUCUGCGGUGUCACCCGUCUCAGCCUCUCCGAGCCCGCUGAAACCUCUCUCUUCCUCCGCGCGCGCUGCACACUCCUUGGCAAGGCCGCCGUAUCAUCUACGGCGGGCCAUAAAGGUGCAGCAGCGAAGAAUAACAACACUAAGCGGAUCGAUGUCGACUUUACCGUCCGUACCCGUAUCGUGCCCGAUGGCUCGAUGACAAUUGGGUCUCUGGACUUCGAUAUUGAUGUCCUCGCAACUAAAGUCUACGGCUUCGGAUCCGGCAACAAGUCCGGACUAUCUGGCACGGAAAUGCAAAGUAUCCUGGGCAAGGGACUUCAGCGCCAGGACGGCGAUGCCCAGCUUGGAAAUGGUGUUUGGUGUAAGGCUGUCAGGAUGUUAACCGGGUCUGUGUUUUAA